GACCAGCGUCAGCUACGGAGUGUCAGCCUCUCCAACAUGGCUCUCUCCAGUGUGAUCAUCACCCCCGACGACAAACACGCACUCAUUGCAUCGUGGGAUAACUCUAUCUAUGUAUACUCUGUUGAUUAUGGGCGUGUCUUAGAGGUAAUCCCCGCCCAUGAUGAUGCAGUCUCCGCCCUCUGCUGGCAGCAGGGCUCUUCAAUCUUUGUGUCCGCCUCUUGGGAUUCGACCGUCAAACUAUGGGCGUGUGAGGGCCUUAAUGGAAGUUCUCAGAAGAUUGUAGCUGAUGUUCUUGCCGAGCUGGAUCAUGAUUCAGGGGUGACAUGCACAGAUCUGAGCCAUGAUGGCAGUCUACUCCUGACGGGAACGAAAGACGGCGAUGUCAACCUGUGGAACGUUGAACACCAGGUGGCGCUACGUCACAUACAGAGCCACCAUGGACCCGUCAAUGCCGUGAUAUUCAGUCCAGAUUGUCAACAGAUGGCUUCUGCAGGUCAGGAUAGCUACAUCAGAGUGAUUGAUGUAAACACAGGGACUGAGGUGUUUGCUAAAGAUGGUGAACAUGAAAUAAGGUGUUUAUGUUGGCGAGAUCAUAUUCUUCUAGCUGGUGAUGGAGGAGGUAACCUCAUGAUAUGGGAUAUGGCCAAGGCUCACUUAGUAGCAUCAUUCCAUCAACAUAUAGGAGCAAUUAAUUGUAUCCAGGUAUCAUCUGAUGCUUCCACGGUGCUCACGGGCGGUCAGGAUUCGAAGGUCAUAGUUUGGAAGAACUCAUGAGGAUGCGCCAACAUUGAGCUUAACCUGC